CGUCAAAGUCCCACCUACAAGGCAAACUAAGGAGUCAGAACUUCCAGUUUAAACUAGAGGGGCAUUUAAACCAGGAAGAUGGCGUCAGCAGUCGCCGGAGUUCUUAGGUUUUAUGCAUUAAAAAACAGUGCAAUCCUAAAACGUAACACUGCAUGCAGGUUUUUGGGCACAUCGCGUCUUAUUCAGUGUCGAAACGCCGUGUCAACGACGUCCGGUGCCAUUCUGCCUAAGCCGACUAAAAUCCCCUUCGGAAUGAUUCGCAUUAUGAUUGUGGUAGUCCCUUUUCUACUUAUUGGAACUCAGAUAAGCAAGAAGUUUGCCAUUAUGCUUGAAGAAAACGACAUCUUUGUUCCCGAGGAUGACGAUGAUUAAACCCUGGACACAGGUUGAGUGGCGCAUCAAUGUCAACAAAUCAGACAAAUUCUAGUAUCACCAAAAAGAGGUCUUAGGAACCCAGCAGAAUUCACACGUUACAUUUAUUAACAGAAGAACAGAAAGUAAUGCAGUAUCAUCACAGUGUUUAUUAACAUUUGUUGUAUUGGUGUGUCAAAUAUAGUAACUGUAACCUACUCAACAUGUGACAAAAAUGAUUCACCAGUUUAUUGAAUAUAAAAACUUAAGGCUCUGUAUAUUACUGGUCACAAGAAAGUAAAACUCAUUUGAAAAAUAAUGGAUAUUUUCAUUGUCAUUAAAAUGAUUUAAAACACUUGAA